UACACAAGAAGAAAUUUUCUAUAUUCUGAAAAAACCCAUUGAUUUACGAAGAGAACGCAUUCAAUUUACUGAAGCAUUAGAUUAUGAUAGCAUCGGUUAAGCCCUUCUUAAAAGCCUACUUAAGAAUUUAAGCGGGAUUUACAUUUACGAGUACUCGGAUCCGAGUUACCCUACUUGGAGACAAACUCUUAAAUGUAAAUGUUUACUUGUACAGUGUUCCCACUUGGAUACGAGUUAGUAUCAAGUAGAGCGCAAACCGAGUCCUGUCUCCAAGUAAACGUGGUUAUUGAGAGUUAAAAUGGCGGAAACUAAAUUUUCGGCGGAACAGAUGGAACAAUUUAUUGAUAUUUAUCGAUCUUUUGAUUGUUUAUGGGAUGUGAAGUGUAAAGAAUACCGUGACAUUAACAAAAGAAAUAACGCCUAUGAAGCAAUGGCGGAUAUUAUGAACAUUACCAUAGAACAAGUGAAGAAAAAAAUAAAUAACAUUCGUUCCACGUACCUUCAGGAAAAGAAAAAAGUCGAUAUAUCAAAAUCUACAGGGUCUGGUACGGAGGAUAUUUACACACCAAAUUUAUCUUGGUUUGGUAGUAUGACUUUUUUGGAUGAUGUCACUACGCAGAGAAAGACAAAUUCCACGCCAUCAGUUGUAAAAUGCACAAAUUGGUUUUCUAAAUAUUCGAAAACGUGAUGUCAAAAUACCAAAGGCAUUUUCUACUACUCUACGUGCACG